AUGGCGAAUAAGUUUGGAUUAGGUUCUUUAUCUUUAGAAUCUAAAAAACCUAACACUACAGCGUGGAUAAAUAAAGCAAAACCUUACUUUGUGGAUCAAAUCGGAGACACUCUUCAAGGUGAUUUAGAUAUGAACAAUUUUAGCAUAACUAAUUUAAAGUCUCCGGAAAACGAUAAUGACGCUGUUCACAAGAAAUAUUUAAUGGAACAAUUAAAUUCAAUUGAAGUAAAUAAAAACCAUUUAGAAGAUAAAAUAAAUAAUGUGAAAAGAUUCUUCAAACGUCAACUAAAUAAUAAAGAUUUUAUUGAUGAUACUAAAUUACAACAAGAAGUAACAAGUUUAAAAAAUUUUAUUGAAGAACAAUUGGUCAACGUAGCGAAUAAAACUGAGUUAAUUUCAUUAAUAUCUAAAUUAGAGGAUAAGAUUGCAAAACAAAAAUUAGACAUUCAACAGGAAUUAAAUGCUCUGGAAACUAAACUUAACAGUGAAUUACAAAAAGAACUAACACAUAUUAAAAAACAAAUACAAAACAUCGAUGAUAGCGAAAUCAAAACCUAUAUUCAACAACAAAUACAAAACAUAGAUGAUAGCGAAAUCAAAACCUAUAUUCAUCAACAAAUACAGAAUAUUGAUGAUAGUGUUAUUCAACAACAGAUAACCACUAUUAAUAACCUAGUUUUAAAACAGGACAAAAAUAUACUCGCAUUAGAAAAAAAGUUUCUCAAGAAAGAGUCAUAUUAUUUCAAUCUUCCAUUUGGAAAUUUGAGAGAUUUCGAUGCUUCUAUUACUGAUAAUAUUGAUAAAUCAAAAGACUAUGAAUAUAAAAAAUUUGGAUUUACAGCAAAUAUAAGAGUAUAUAAACAAAUAAAAGUUGAUUCAAUAGUCUUCAGACAAAACUCACGUAAUAAAAAAUUUAACGCUCGUAAAGUUCUUCAGUUUAUCAAUGGUACAAAAAAUGUAGAAACUAAAGAAUUAGAAAUUAACGACGAAAACAACAAGGUUGAUCACUUAUAUGAAAUUAAAACGAGUGGAAAAUAUAUAAAUAGGUUUAGAAUGUUAAUCAUACCAGAUAAUGAAGAAUAUUUUCUUACUUUGAGUCAUUUGGAUAUGUUAUUAGAGACGGAAACUCCACCAUCAAUGAAUAUUAUUAGAAAUCCAAAACCACAAAAAGAAGUAAUCAGUUAUGAGUUUUUACGAACGACAGACUGUGAAUACGUAAAACUAUAUUUUGUUGAUAAUGGUAAAUUUACCUCAAUUGAUAUUCAUAAAAGUCAACAAAAUAAAGAAUUUAUAAUAAGAGAUGAUGUAUUUGUUAAAAUAUUUGUCUCUAUUGAAAAACUAAAAUUUUCAGUUCAUCUGAAUAAGAUUAAUGAUUCGAAAGAACAAAUAUCGUUAGUAUCUGUAAAAGUUUUUAGUAAAGCAGCUUUAUCAGAAGUUCACUUAAUUUAA